GUCUAUCGGUCUAAGAUACGAAAAACUUCCCAACUUUUGUUAUGCUUGCGGUACUAUUGAUCAUGACGAUAGGUUUUGUCCUCAGAUUCUUGGUCAACCAAACUCGGCACAAGUAAAGGAAUUCGGACCGUAGAUGAAGGCAAAUACUGGAGUGGGGCAAAUAAGUAGUUUGUGGUAGAAAAGGCGAAUAAAGAGGGAGCUGAUAAUGAUGUGGGAGUAGAGGGGUCCACAUCGGCAAGGGAGCUAGUAGAUGUGGGUUUGGGUGCUAUUGGUCACAAUAAUCUUCGUUAAAAAAAAAGGAGACGUUUCUGCUUCUUGCGUCUGUGCUUUAAAAUUUAAAUACACGUGAAAGUGGAUCAACGCCAUUUUCUUUUGCGGAGAAAGAGCUAAAGCGUAACUGUGGAGCGCUCAUGGAGGCGGUAACGAAAGAGCCGGCUGUAGUAUCCCUCAAGCUGUUUGUAGAUGAGAAGAAGAAACUAGUAAUGGCUGCGGAAGCAAACAAGGACUUCGUGGAUAUACUCUUCAGCUUUCUCACCCUACCAAUGGGAACCAUUAUCAGACUCCUCACCUCUGCAAAGGACAAAACUACAUCCGCUGUAACAGUAGGGUGUAUGAACAAGAUAUACGAAGGUGUUCAAAACUUAAGCAGCGAGUAUUGGCAUUCGGAACACAGCAAGAACAUGCUUCUCAAUCCCAGAAAUCCCCUUGCCAACUACUGCAAGAAGUUGAAGAUUAACAUCGAUGAUUCUGGGUCUGAAUUCAUUUACGGUUGUGACUGCCCGGGCUGUCAGUACUAUAGCAUGUAUAGAAAUGUUAGGUGCAUCUGUGGAAGGGGGAAGACCACUUGUAAAAAGCAGCAGACUGUGGAUUCGAGUUCUUGUAGUCAAGAGGGUGCCUUUUUGAAGGGAGGAAUAGAGUUCAUAAUAAGUGACGAUUUGCAGGUCUGGCCUGCCUCUCCGGCAGUUCUUGCUCAACUUAUACCCGACCUCGGUUCAGGAGAUUGUAGUAGAAUCAGGGAGAUGCGCGUUCAAGUUUGCAAAGCUCAGGUAAUCUCGCUUCUUGCUUGUGCCCUGGUUUCUAAGUCCCCCUUAAGUGACGUUUUUCUGGGUAAACGUCCUGUGGCAACCCCAAGGAAGCGGUUGAAACGUGGGACUACUCCUCCAUCCUCACAAGCAGCUAAUGAGCUGAGUGUUCCUCUUCUAAAGCUAAAAGUAACGUGUGUGAAGUCUACAAAGGCGAUAUUGUUUGGUGAGGCGACAGAUGAGUUCUUCGAUUUCAUUUGCAGUUUUCUAACUAUUCCUAUGGGCUCAAUCAUAGAUGUUUUGGAAGAUAGUUCGGGGAUAAAAUGCAUGGAUAACUUGUACACGAGUGUGGAGGAUUUGGACCAGAAAUGGUUUCGUUCAAAGGAAAAGUGUGGCUUACUGGACCCCUGUAUUGCGAGAGAUCAUAACUGCGAGACGCAGCCUAUUAGAUAUAUCACGAGCAUAUCUCGCGAUAGGUAUCUGAUUAACCCAAGGGGCAGCUAUAAUUUUGCAGUAGAGCCGUCUGUGUUCUUGGUUCCAGAUUAUCUUGCCUUGAAGGCUCUUUCUGCUGCCUCCAGUUUCCUCUUACUAAAGGAAUUGGAAGUGCCUUUCUCUCAGACUGAAGUGCAAUAUGUCUCUGUCGGUAACAAAGAGGCAUUGAGCCUACUGAAGGCUGCUCUUACGUCACCAUCAUCUGCUCUUACAAUUGGCUUAGGCCCCUUCUUGAAGAAGCAGAAACCAGCAUAGCACUCUUUACAUGAUUACAUAUAUAUGUCCCUCUGAAUAUCACAGCGAGCGCACAGCUUCAUUUUUCAAAUGAAAGCCUACCUUGAAAGUCC